AUGGGAAACACGUGUGCCAAGACUAGCGAAGUGGUGGACAACCGCAACAAUAGCCAGUAUCGCGAUGAGGACUUGAAGCAAUACAAGACGAAACAGCAGAUCAAGUCGAAGGAUGCGCAGUCUUCUCUAACAAAAGAAGAGGUGAUAGCUGGGCAUGAAACAACUUCUGUGGUAAAGAACAUUGAGGCGCUCCAGCAUAUGAUGAAACCUGUCGUCUCUGUUGUCACCUCGGAGUUGCGCCAUGAAGAUUUCCGUCAGUUCACUUCUGUGUUUGCCCGCGGGAAGGCAGCGCUUGCAGUGGCGUCGUGUGCCCAAGUGCAGCAGCCGCGGCAUGUUCUGCUGGCCGGUGAGGACAGGAGUGUGGCGUUGCUUAACUACGAGACGGGCCACGUGAUGCGGCGCUGGGUGCAUGCUCACGGAGGCGACAUCAACUGCAUUACGACACCGACCCCGUCGGGGCUGUUUGCCACGGCCAGUCGUGACAGGACUGUGAAGGUGUGGGAUUUCACCUCGAACGGCUCCCUCGCGGAGCUGCGCGGACACACGAUGAAUGUAACCAGCAUCGACACGAACCCUGGCGGCAACCUCCUCGUGUCGGGAAGCAGAGAUAAUACUGUGCGCUUGUGGGACGUCAACAGAGCUGAGGAGCUGUUUUGUGGGGAUGUUAAGCUCAACCUUGUGCACUUUGUCCGCUUCAUGUCGUCCAUGAAUUGCGUCGCGCAGGGAGGUGAAGACUUGGUGAUUCGCCUGUGGGAUGUGCGCACACAGGGAUCGCACAGCGACUUGUGCCUCUCCAAAACAAUCGAGGGAAUGGACUACUAUCCGGUGUGCUGUGAAACGAUACCUGAAAACCCGUACAUGCUGCUCACUGGUCACAACGGCGUGAACAGCUGUGGAUCAUACGUGGCAGAGUGGGAUGUGCGAACCGGAAAGCGCGUGGCUCUGUACAAAGGCCACGACGCCACCGUCUCCUGCGUGCGAAUGGUGGCCGCCAACAUCUACGGGAAGGGCUCCUUUUUCACCUCCAGUGAUGACGGGACGAUUGGGGUGUGGAACUUAGAAGAUGGGAAGAUGAAUAGAGAGGUUCAGCUCUCGGUGGAGCAUCGCUUUUGCCUCCCUGAGGGCCAUAUCACCGCGUUUGUGGCGGAGGACAACGGGGACAUAAUAAUCACAUUAGAUGACGGCUGCGUCAUCGCACUUCGUCCCGUCGUCAGGGGUGAAUUCGUAAUUCCUUCACUUCGACUGCGCUACGUUGGUGUGCUCACUGUGCAGUAG